UAGAAAACGAGUUCACUCUGGUCUUAACUAGGGAAAGGCAUAAACAUCUACUAAUAGGAAGAAACAAAGUUUAAUUUGCUCACGGAUCAGCGAAGUCCAAAAAUGUGAAUUCUUUUUGGGUGGACUCUGCCCUUUCUUGGAAUUUAAGAUUCAGGAGCGAGGACCAGCAGAGCUUAGAAAGACAACCCUCACAAUCUGUAUCCACUCCUGGCUUCACUGACUGCUGCCCCUGUAAUAAACCCCCCAGAAACUGAAUACCUCAAUAAAUAAAAAGGGAUCUCAUAAGAGGUGAGAUGAACCUUGAAGAGUAUUUUGCAAGAACUGGCUAUAAAGGCUCCACUGAAAAACAAGAUUUGGAAACCUUAACCGAUAUAUUCCAGCAUCACAUCCGUGCUGUUCCCUUCGAAAACCUCAGCAUCCACUGCGGGGAGAAAAUUACUUUGGAGCUGGAGCACGUUUACAACAAGAUUGUGCGGAGGAAGCGGGGUGGCUGGUGCAUGGAAAACAACCAGCUGCUGGGCUGGGUGCUGAAGGGCCUGGGGUAUGAGACCAGCUUCCUGGGAGCGUACGUGUUCAACCCCCACCAGAACGCCUACGCCACCCUCAUGACCCACCUCGUGGUAAAGGUCAUCGUCGAUGGCAAAGCCUACAUCGUUGAUGGAGGAUUCGGGGUGUCCUACCAGAUGUGGCAGCCCAUGGAGCUUGUGUCAGGGAAAGACCAGCCCCAGGCUCCCGGCGUGUUCCGCUUCACGGAGAAAAACGGUGUCUGGUACCUGGAGAAAAUGAGACGGAAACAGUACAUCCCCAACCAGAGCUUCUCCAACUCUGAUCUGCUGGAGAAAAAGGAGUGCCGCAAAGUUUACAUGUUCAGCCUUGAGCCACGGACAGUGGAAGAUUUCCGUUUCCAGUGCACAUACCUCCAGACCUCUCCAGAUUCCCUCUUCACAAAGAAGUCCAUCUGCACCCUCCAGACCACCGAUGGAUUCCGAGCGCUGAUUGGGUGGACGCUCACUGAGACCACGUACAACUACAAGGAAAACAUGGAUCUGGUGGAAUUUGUAACUCUCGAAGAUGAAGAGGUGGAAAAAACCCUCAAAGAGAAAUUUAACAUCACCCUAGAGAGAAAACUUGUCCCCAUAAAUGUUAAAGGAUCUUACACAAUCUAGAUGGCCAGGAAAACCUACAGUAAUGCUAUGUGGAUACAGCAGCUUCCACUGUCUGUGUAAUCCCUGCUGCAAGGUUAUGGGAUUCUUUUGCAGGUGACUGAAGGAUAUAUACAUUAGUAUGAGAUUAAUGUGAAUUUCACUUUGGGAAGAAUCAGGAAUUUAAGACUCUUGAGCCAGUUAGGUAAAAUUAUUUGAUGGGAGAUGACUGCCGUUCAAUUUUUGGCACAAAUGUAGGAUUUGAUUUGAAUCUGGUUAUAAGCUUGGGUAAGAAAUAUGUCUGGGGAAUUUUGGACUGCCUGUAGCACAUGAGUAUGGAUUAUUAAUUGUGAUAUGCUGCCAACACAUUUUCUAAGGUUAUUACAGGGAGACAAGUAAUCUGUGAGCAUUUAGACAAGAAACCACACAUUUAAAACUUCAUUUUUCACAAGAUCCAACCACUCACAGCUCAUCUAAUUCCUCUACCUUUAAUAAGAGUAAAACAUUGUCAUCUUGGAAAGGAGCAUUAGGAGGCAUAAUUCUUUCACCAUCAUCCUUAGACAAACCAUAGUACAAAAUGAAAAUCAUCAUCUUGUGCAUCCCUCUGGCCAUUACUGCAGUAAACUGCCCCAAGUAAUUUUUGGUAUGUAGCUAUUCUUCUGUGAUGAAAAUUCUGUAUAUUGCAGUGUUAUUGUGGCUGAUGGGCUCUAAGGAGAUAACUAUUAAGCUUUGUUUCUGAGGUAUAAUCACCCUAUAAACUGUGACUGGUACUUAAAUGUCACAGCUGGCUUAGAUUUACUUUUGUCCCAAAAGGGGUGGAAAUUCUGUGCUUUUAGGACUGCAUUAUAUUUGUACAUGAAGCUAAGCCCACCAUACCCUUAAUUUUGUCCUGCAAACAUGAGUGUCUAUAUGGCUGUCCUCCAUGGGUACCACUUAACACAGGAGCUUUAAUGCCAUUAGUGUUUGUUCAUCUGUAUCAAAGUGAAAAAACAACCCAAGAAGCCAGCCAAAUCUAAAGGAAACCUUCUCUUUUUUCACAAUCAUGUUUCCCCAUUUUCCAGAAAAUGUUGCUCCUCCUACCAUUCUUCUCUGCAAAAAGCCCAACCAAGGAAACCACUAAGAAAGGGGAAACAUUCUUAAAUGCAUCAAAAAUAGCAGAAACACUAAAAAACAUUCUUUCUCCCCAGUCUGUAAUAAGCCUGAGCAUUGGUCAAAUGUUGAUUCCUCCCACUGAAUAGUCUUUUUGCUCAAAGACAUAAUCUGAUCAUUGAUCUCACAAAUGUUGUAA